AUGUAUGAAUGUAGGUGGUUGAUGGUUGUAAUCUACUAUAAGAGUAUGGACGGUUGUUGGGAGUGUUUUUUUUUUCUUCUUCCUCUUCAUUUCUCGCUCCGUGGAUUUUUUUUUUUUUUUGGGUGUUGUUUUGUUUUCCUUCGAAUGGUGAUUUCUCUUUGGGUUUUUCGUGACUUUGAUCAACUAGAAGCUAUGACAUUGAAUGAUUUAAAAUUAAAAGUGAAAAAGGUAGAGAAGAGACUUGUGAUAUGUUUAUUAUCAGGUAUACAACUGUCCAUAAAUUAUCAUUCCAAUAAAUCUAUUGACCUUUAUGUCGUAACGAACGGCAAUGUCUACAAGAACUAUAUCCAAAAUCUAAUUCGAAAACAUAAGGAUGUACAUCUAAUAAUUCAAUAUUCCAGUAUUGAAUCAAUAAUGAGAAUGUUUAAGUUUAUAUAUCAAAUUAAUUCUUUGGAGUAUAUUCUCCCCAUUCCAACCACCAUCCUUUAUGAUUCGUCAGAAAUUGAGAAUUUACAAUUAUCUCCAGAUUUUAUACUAACCCAACAAAUAAUACGGUACUUGAAUAUGAAACAUGGAGCCACUAUAAUGUCUUUAUCAAACGUUGAAGAAGUCACUACUGUUGAGAAUAUCAAUGAUGUUUUAAAUCUAGAAAACCUAGCCCCGAAACCAAUAUUUGAAUCCACAUCAGAGAGGAUUAACUCAUUAGAGAUCAAUUUAUACAUCCCUUCUUCAUGGGAUUCUUGGAAUAAAAUUGUUGUACAAGGGAAAUCAUUUGUAUUACCAGAUACAGAACAAAUCAUAAGAGAUGAAUCAAAGUUAGAAUUGUUAGACAGCAAUUAUGAAAAGUUUUUGAAUGAUCAAUAUGACUUGCAUAGUGUAUUACAAGGAUUGAAUCCAGAACAAUCUGAAGUCACACCUGUUGAAACAAAUUUUAAGAUUUCAUUAAGUGAUAUGUUAAGAGAAAUAGUUCAACCUUCAGUUGUUGAAUAG